ACUGCAGUCCCGCGAGGAUCGCAGAGCAGGCGAGUGGGGAAGAGGUGCUUGUGUCCUGGGAGGAGAGCAAGCUGUUCCCUGUGUCUGUCAGUGGAGUGAAGGUGCCAAAAUGCUAGCCCAGCUGGGCAGGCAACGCGCUGCCGAAGAGAGGGGAAGGAGGACUCCUGUCCUGCUUCUAGCAGUCCUUUCUGCUGGAGCCUUCCUCUGGAUAAUGGCAACUUGGAAAACCAAUGUCCUGCAGGUGUCAGCAGGACCUGUGCAUGAGCUCCCGUGUCUGGGGAACUCACCGGUCUGCCUGGAGCUGAAAAUGAAAACUAUUCAGUUCUCGGCCAGAAAGGACCUCAUUCUAGAUGCCGUGUUUCACAGCCUGAAAGACAAUGGGAUCGACGGAUUGAAGAGAGAGGAAAUUCUGCAGCUGACAAGAGAGGCAGUUGAGAAGGUGAUGAAACACGACACCUGGCUGCCCAGUUGGGCUCUAAAAACCAUGGGUGCCACUAUUGAUGUGGAGAGGACAUCCAAGAGUUAUGGGGGGAACCGCUGGCUUUCUCCAUUCUUUUCCUCCGCAAAGCCUCCUGAGACGAUCUUGCAGCCUGAUAUUUCUGCUGGCAACUGCUGGGCUUUCCAAGGAUCUCGGGGCCACGUGGUCAUCCGGCUGCCGGAGAAAAUCUGGCCCACGGCUUUUACCAUCUGGCAUAUCUCCAAGGCAGUCUCUCCCUCUGGGGAAGUCAGCACUGCCCCCAGAGAGUUUGUUGUCUCGGUAAGUCUGUGCCCGCUGCUGCUUCUGGAGGGGCCCAAGGAAACGCUUUGCCAUAGAGCCCCAUAAGACCCCAGAGAGCCCCCAGAGAGCCCCGUAGCCACCCAACAGAGCCCCACAAAGCUCCGUAACUGCACCAUAGAACCUGCCCAAGGGCACGGAGACCCUUGGGGUGGUUACACGUCUCCGGAGGCCUCUGCUGCUCUUCGUCGCUGAGCAGCUGGGAGCAAUUGCUCCACGUGGCCUGACUCAGGUUCACCCUCCUUUGUGCUGCAAUCCUGUCAGUGCUGAG